AUUAUCUACAGGAGAUACUGGAAAUGCACCACUUAUUUUGUUUCACAGCCCCCUGCCUGCUGCGCUGGCAUGGACACCAGCAUGGCUCAGGGGCAGGAGGACAGCGGGGCCCUCGGGGUGUGGAUGGAAGCCGGGUAUGAGGUGGGAGCUGAGGUGCCGAGGGUCUAAACCCAAACCGCAGGAGAGACUGCGCCAGAAGACCCUCGGCCAGGAGAGGAAGGUAGUGCCAGCUCAGAGAUGUGGGACAAGGUGGGAGCACGAAGCCACUGAGGCGGAAUGAGGGGACGGGGGGCGCUCAGAAGUGGAGAGGAAUCCACUCUGAGGAAGAACCAGGGGAGGACCCGCCAUCUUGUUUGGCGUCUCCAUAGCAACUGGCCGGAGGGGUCCGCCGCCGCCAUCUUGUUUACGAGCACCAUAGCAACUAGCACGGCCGAGCCGCAGCCGCCAUCUUGUUUGGCGUCUCCACAGCAACGAGAGCUGCCGGGCCGGAGCCAUGGCGGGCGCGGGGCGGCUGGAGGAGCUGGAGCUCAGCGCCGAGGAGGCGGAGCGGCUCCAACGCGCCUUCCGCGACGAGCAAUUCCGGGCGCUGUUCGCCGAAUACGCGGCGGAGCUGGCCGACCCGGAGCAGCGAAAGUUGUACGAGGAGGAGGUGGCGGCCCUGGAGCGGGAACGCGGCGUGGAGGUGCGCUUCGUCCACCCCGAGGCGGGCUACGUCCUGCGCACCAGCCAGGCCGGCUCCCGCCGCUGCUACCUCAACGUCUGCAGCAACCCGCAGGUCGGGGCCCCGCAGGCCCGCCCGGAGCCCGGCGGCCACCGCUGGGCCCUGCCUUACAGCCUGGCGCCGGGCCGGGAAGAGCUGGGCCGUGGCGGCCGCCGCCGCCUGGUCUACGAUGUGGUUUUCCACCCGGCGGCCCUCCGCCUGGCCGCCCGCAGCGCCCGCUUCCGCCGCCUGCUCAGCGACACGGCGCUGGAGGCGGUGGAGCGCCAUUGCGCCGUCCAGCUCGACCGCGCCAACGCCACCGUCCUCCGCGGCACCAAGUACAAGGGCGUCCCGCAGGCCCCCGUUAUCCGCACCCCGCUGCCCGGCGGUCCCCCGCCGCCGCCCGACGACGACGGCGACUCCCCGCUGCCGCCCUUCCCCUUCCCGCCCGCCGCCCCGCCGCCGCCUCCCGCCGCCCCCCCGGCGGCCCGACCCGCCGGCCCCACCAUUCCGCGCUGGAGCAUCCGCCACCGCUCCUACGUGGACCUGCAGGACUACCGGUGCUGCCGCGACUCGGCGCCCAGCCCGGUGCCGCGGGAGCUGGUGGUGACGGUGGAACUGCCGCUGCUGAGCUCCGCCGCCCAGGCCGCGCUGGAGGUCCGCGGCCGGGAGCUGCGCCUGGACUCGCAGCGCCCCGCCUACCACCUGCGCCUCCGCCUCCCCUACGACGUGGACGAGAACGGCGGGCGGGCCGCCUUCAACAAGGCCCAGCGGCAGCUCCUGGUCACGCUGCCCGUGGUACCGCCGCCCGCCCCGCGGGAACCGCCGGGCCCGGCCGGGGAGCGGCUGGAGGAGGCCGAGCCCGGCACGGAGGGGCUGGACCAGCCGCCGGCGGCUGAGGCGGGCGGUGGGGCCGCUUCCCCGGCUCCGAGCGCCGGCCCCGAGCCCUCCGUGCCCGGCGGCCUCGGCGGGGCCGCCCCUCCGUGCCCUCCCCCGCGGGUGGCAGAGAGCAGCCCCGGCGAGAUGGCGGUUCCCCGGGGCUCCGGCAGCCCCGAAGCCGCCGUGUGCCCUCCCUUCCAGUGCCGGCAGGAUGAGGCCUCCCUCACCCUGCUCCUCCAUGUGCCCGGCAUCCUGCCCCAGAGCCUGAGCGGGGCCGUGGGCACGAACCACUACAGCCUCCGCUUCUCCAGUGACACUGGCGCCUAUGCCCUCUUCUUACAGUUUCCUCCCGCCAACAGGCUGGCGUCCCCUGAGACCAGCGUUAGCGUGUCUGCCCACAACGCUGCCGUUGGGCUUGCCAAGGCCCCUGGCUGCACCGGGCCCUGGGAGAAGUUCUGCUUCGGCCUUGAUGCCUCCGCUCUGCAGGAAAGAUUGUUUGUCAGUGAAGAAAACGUUGAUGGAUUUCUAGGCACUGUUUUAUGCCCUUCCUUUUGCUCCCAAUCAGCACUGGAAAGUCAGCCAUUAAUUGAAGUGCUCGAUGUUACUGAGGACAGAAUUCAAAUCAGGUUGAAGCCGCAGGAAGCGGCCCAUUUAGAACGUGAUGGAAAAGAAGAAACGCUUAGCAGCUCAGGAGGAGAUCUCACUGAAAAGACAAAUGGCGACUACCCCCAAACGAAGGCCGAAACUAACGGUACUGUGGCUGACACAGCUGAAGGAGAACGUGCUACAGAAACCAACAAAACUUCCACAUAUUUUGCAACGGCUGAAACAAUAGGAAAAGUAGGUUGUAGUUCACACCAUUGUUUGCAGCAUGAACCUUCUGACACCACUUCAGCGAUUCCUGGUGAAUGUAGGAGAAAGGAACCGGAUUUAGAAAGCGCUGUCACAGUAGGCAAGAGGGCCGCGGCCGCAGACUCUGAAAAGGGAGCAGCCCUUCUGCCGGAGGGGCAGGCGGGAGUGGGGGAAGCGGCUGCGCUCGCAGGGCCGGCACUGGGGAGCCAGGGUGGCCGGGACAGCAGACCAGCCUCCCCGCUUCUCCAAGAAGUCAACAGCCAGGAUGGGAGCGUGCGGAUCGUCAGGGAUCACGUAACACACUGCCCGGUCACGUUUCAGAAUUCUUUGCUGUAUGAAUUGGACUAGUUUAAUUAUUUUAGGAUUUCCUUCUGUUUUUGAUGGUUACUGUGACUUCCACAUGCUGGUUUGUGGUUCAGGGCUAAGAGUAGGACACGGGUUCCUACUGAAACUAUUUUGUUUACACGCCAACUUAGAAUACUUACGUUGUUAAUUAAUUUUUGAAGUUAGCAGGUCUGAGUUUUCUGAUCCCAUAUGUGGGCUCAAGCAGUUUUACUUACAAGGAAGAUGCAGUUGAAGGUGAAUCUGAGCUGGUGGAAGAAAAUGCAUCUUCACUGUUUCCAUAACUUUGUUAGUCUCUUGCUCCAUUAAAGGGAGUAUUUGUAUAUAUCCUUUUUCCAACGGCUCCUUCAGGAAUUGCUGUGUUUAGUCCACCUAGAAAUGAGCAGCAUUCAUCAUUCUUCAAACCUUUCAUUUUGUGAUAACUGCAGGAUUAGGCUUGCGCUGAUUUUUAGCAAUCAAACAAAAUUUCUAAUUACAGGGAGAAGUUCUAAUUAGUUUCCUAGAAGUAAUCAACAUGUAUACCAUGUAUUCCAUCCUAGUACAUCACUUCAGAACACAGUGCCCAACCAUACCCCAGUCUGUCAACUGAACAAAUUCAAUUGCACAAUAAAAAACAUCCUCUCUUGUUGCGCGUCUGCUACUAAGUAUU